CAAGAUGCGAAACUCUGUUAGGUACCCAAAAACCCCCAAACUUACUAGAAAGAAAAAACGUGGAGAAUCUUGUCUUGGUGACCAAAACUCCAAACAUGAAAGGAAUAGGAGGACCGCUUCUAUGCAUAGGUGAUUUGCUCAGCGAUCUUGGAGAAUCGGAUGACACUGCAACUCCACACCACCAUGAAACCCCUCUCUCAUCUUCUCCCUCUUCAAUUUCAAGCCCCACUAACGCCCCUCAAGCCUUGGACCUUACCAAGUUCUUUCAGGAAGACUACGACCACUUGAAUGAGGCACUUUCUGGUACAGACCACUCCUGGACGGCUCUAACUCUAAAGUUAUGCUCUGCGCUAGAAACUGCAAACGAAUUGGUCCUGUCCACGAACUCAAAUGCCAGGUUGUUGUCAGAGAAGGUUGGAGAGCUGGAGAAAAUUGUCAAGAAAGGAGACUCUGCCAUAUCAUCAGCCAAGGCAAUCCAUCUCUUUUUGAAACAAAAGCAAGGACUAUUUAUUGCCAGUCAAAAUAUCAAAUAAUCAUGGUCUUAUUAGGAUCAAAGUUACUGAAUAUCAGAUUUACAGGAUGUUUUUAUGUUGUCAGGAAUGUACAAAGUCCCACAUCUUUGUUAAGGAUAAGGAAAAAAAAUCAUUCUGGGAGCUGUGGAAUGUGAAACUUUUUUAACA